AUGAGGUUGAACAGAAUUACCUCUGGUGUCAUCGCCGGGUCCAUUCUAGUGACCGGGGCUUCAACUGCUCAGAUCACCAAGAGUUUGUCGAAAAAUGCUCAAGACCUCUUUGAUUGGUCUAUGUUCGUCAAUGACAAGCGUUGGGAUGAUUCGUAUAAGUAUGUUUGGUAUUCCAACAACGGGCCAUGGUCAACACGCUUUACGGCUUGGUAUGUUGCCGGAUUACUGUAUCGCAACAAAGGACAAGAUGUUUCGAAUGCCAAAGCAGCCAUAGAAAAUAUCCUUACUUGCCAAAUGACCGAGAGCUACGAAUCUGCGUGGUAUGGAACCUUCAAAUUGUCACCAGAUGAGCCUUAUCCGACUCCAGACUCAGAGUUAUAUCCACCAUCUAUCUAUGAUACCUAUGAUCCCAAUUGGAGAGAGUUCAUUGGCACGCAGCUUGUACAGAUUGUCGAAGAGUUUUCCGACUUGCUUGGGAAUAACCUUGUGGCCCGGAUCGAGGACAGUCUGGAAAUUGCAGCGGUCGGUUCCAUGCGUCGAAAUGGCUCAUUUCCGGAAGGUGACAACCUUACACCCGCGUAUUCGAACCCAGCCCUCAUGCGGGCAUGGUACGUUUCUUGGAUUGGUGCACGUCGCAGGAAUGAGACUUUUGUCAAUUAUGCCAAUGACCAAGCCGAUAUAAUUCUCGAGCUUUUCCAGUCUACCGGAUCAGAUGUGUUAUCCGAGUACAAUGCGCCGACAUACUAUGGCAUGGAUAUCUGGGCUCUUGCAGGAGCCAUAAAAUAUGGCCCUAAAAAAGCCUCGAUGACCAAAAAUGCCAAGAUCAUUCUGACAGACCUCUGGGCAGAUAUUGCUGCUCAUUAUAAUCCUUAUCUUUGCAAUAUGGCGGGCCCGUAUGAUCGAGCCUAUACAAGAGAUAUGACGACCAACUCUGCCGUGAUUUCCUACUUCUGGUGGGGUCUAUACGGUUACGGCCAUGGCCCACAAUCUAACAAGCUUGAGACUGAUCUUUUGUACGAUGUUUCGCAGGCUUCUGCCUUGGCACUCAUCAUGGAUGUGGCCGCUGAACACAUUUCUACGAAAGACGCCGCAUGGCUUGGAUCCAAUAAGGACUGGGACGGUGAACGUAUGAUAACGAAAAAUGUUCCCGAUGCCUUGGGUGCCGAUGCGGAGAUCCGGAUCGUAACCUCCUGGAUUAGCGCCCCACUUAUGAUCGGUGCUGAACAAGUUAAUGAGACCAUAAAUCGUGGAGUGCAAUAUGUCCCUGCGAUCGUGCAAUGGGCCGGAGACAAAAGUCAUACCCCAUAUCCCUACAUGACAUUCUUUUCUCUGUAUCCAACAGCCUCUACCAUUGAAGCAGUUGCGGGACCCAACAGCCUCGAUAUAACAUAUCCGAAUACUACCCAGGAUGGUACUAACAUUUUUACUUUUGCGCUAGCCCAAGUCCCCCCAAGUUGGACUCUUAUCAAAAAGAAGGUUAUUGCAGGUCUUGAGGAUCUGCCAUGUCUGGAUGUCAUCAUCAAUGCUGACGGUUUAGAGAAGCAGCCUGUCAUGUACGGCACUUCUCUUGAGGAUAAUCUUAUUUACAACAUCUCCUACGUUGUACCCUCUACUUUUGAAGGAGUACCUAAAAUAUCCUUUAAGUUCAAGUACACCUGUUGA